AUGACUCGAGAUCGAUUCAUAUCCUCACAUGGUACAGUUCAAGUUUAUAUUCUUGAUGAUAUAACAAUAAUAAAACAACAUGGUGUUUCAGCCAUUUUAACACAACCAAUUCAUGUGGGUGGUGGACCUGAUUCUAAUUAUGUUCAUGGAUUUCUUGAAAGAUAUGGUCCUCUUUUUUGGACUCUCUCUGAAAUUCAAUCUCAUCGAACAUAUAUUAAUCCAAGUAAAAUUCAACUUUAUUAUUCAUCCAAAAUGCAUACAGAUCAUGGACGCAAUGUAUGGUUACCUAUAUAA